AUGGAUGUCUCUUCUGAUCCCUAUCUGCCCUACGAUGGCGGGGGAGGAGACGGCAUUCCGCUCAGGGAGUUGCAUAAACGAGGAACUCAUUAUACCAUGACAAAUGGAGGAAGUAUCAACAGUUCAACACAUUUACUGGAUCUUCUGGAUGAACCAAUUCCUGGAGUAGGAACAUACGAUGACUUCCAUACCAUUGAUUGGGUUCGGGAGAAGUGCAAAGACAGAGAAAGGCAUAGACGGAUUAACAGCAAGAAGAAAGAAUCAGCAUGGGAGAUGACAAAAAGUUUGUAUGAUGCAUGGUCAGGAUGGCUAGUAGUCACACUAACUGGUUUGGCAUCAGGGGCAUUGGCAGGAUUAAUUGACAUUGCUGCUGACUGGAUGACUGACUUAAAGGAAGGCAUUUGCCUUAGUGCUUUGUGGUUUAACCAUGAACAGUGUUGUUGGGGUUCAAAUGAAACCACAUUUGAAGAGAGAGAUAAAUGUCCGCAGUGGAAAACAUGGGCAGAACUAAUAAUUGGGCAAGCAGAAGGUCCAGGUUCAUACAUAAUGAACUACAUAAUGUACAUUUUCUGGGCUUUGAGCUUUGCCUUCUUAGCAGUUUCUCUGGUGAAGGUAUUUGCUCCCUAUGCCUGUGGCUCGGGGAUACCUGAGAUAAAAACUAUUUUGAGUGGCUUCAUCAUCAGAGGUUACUUGGGGAAGUGGACUUUGAUGAUAAAAACAAUUACUUUAGUCUUGGCUGUCGCAUCAGGUUUGAGUUUAGGAAAAGAGGGUCCCUUGGUACAUGUUGCCUGCUGCUGUGGGAAUAUUUUUUCCUACCUCUUUCCAAAGUACAGCACAAAUGAAGCUAAAAAAAGAGAGGUAUUGUCAGCUGCCUCAGCAGCAGGAGUAUCUGUAGCCUUUGGUGCCCCAAUUGGUGGAGUCCUUUUCAGUCUGGAGGAGGUCAGUUACUAUUUCCCACUGAAAACUUUAUGGAGAUCAUUUUUUGCGGCUUUAGUAGCUGCAUUUGUUUUAAGGUCCAUCAAUCCUUUUGGUAAUAGCCGCCUAGUUCUUUUUUAUGUGGAAUAUCACACUCCUUGGUACCUUUUUGAACUGCUUCCUUUUAUUCUUCUGGGAGUAUUUGGUGGGCUCUGGGGAGCGUUUUUCAUCCGAGCAAAUAUCGCGUGGUGUCGUCGACGCAAAUCUACAAAAUUUGGGAAGUAUCCUGUCCUGGAGGUUAUUAUUGUUGCAGCAAUAACAGCUGUCAUUGCAUUUCCUAAUCCAUAUACAAGGCUAAACACCAGUGAGCUUAUUAAAGAGCUCUUCACAGACUGUGGGCCGUUAGAAUCCUCCUCCCUCUGUGACUACAAAAAUGAUAUGAAUGCGAGCAAGAUAGUAGAUGAUAUUCCUGACCGUCCAGCAGGCACUGGAGUCUAUUCAGCUAUAUGGCAGUUGUGUUUAGCACUCAUAUUUAAAAUAAUCAUGACAGUCUUCACUUUUGGUAUCAAGGUUCCAUCUGGGUUGUUCAUACCUAGUAUGGCAAUUGGAGCAAUAGCAGGAAGGAUUGUAGGAAUUGCAGUGGAGCAGCUGGCUUACUACCAUCAUGACUGGUUCAUUUUCAAGGAGUGGUGUGAAGUUGGAGCUGACUGUAUUACACCUGGUCUUUAUGCCAUGGUUGGUGCUGCUGCGUGCUUAGGUGGUGUGACAAGGAUGACUGUGUCCCUGGUAGUUAUUGUCUUUGAGCUAACAGGAGGGCUGGAAUAUAUUGUGCCCCUAAUGGCUGCAGUCAUGACCAGUAAGUGGGUAGGAGAUGCCUUUGGUAGGGAAGGCAUCUAUGAGGCACACAUCCGACUGAAUGGAUAUCCUUUCUUGGAUGCAAAGGAAGAAUUUACUCACACAACACUGGCUGCUGAUGUUAUGAGACCUCGAAGAAGCGAUCCACCUUUAGCAGUUCUGACGCAGGAUAAUAUGACAGUCGAAGACAUAGAAAACUUGAUCAAUGAAACCAGCUAUAAUGGUUUUCCUGUUAUUAUGUCAAAAGAAUCACAGAGACUAGUGGGCUUUGCUCUAAGAAGAGAUUUAACUAUUGCAAUAGAAAGUGCUAGAAAGAAGCAGGAGGGGAUUGUUGGCAGUUCCAGGGUCUGUUUUGCCCAGCAUACCCCAUCGCUUCCAGCAGAAAGCCCUCGACCUUUGAAGCUUAGAAGCAUACUUGAUAUGAGCCCUUUCACCGUUACAGACCACACACCAAUGGAAAUAGUGGUGGAUAUUUUCCGGAAGCUGGGUCUGAGGCAGUGCCUUGUAACACACAAUGGGCGCCUCCUUGGCAUUAUAACAAAAAAAGAUAUCCUCCGUCAUAUGGCCCAGACGGCAAACCAAGACCCCGCCUCAAUAAUGUUCAACUGAAACCCAUAGCUGAGGAGAGAGAGGAAACGGAAGAGGAGGUUCAUUUGUUGAAUAGCACAACACUUUAGUCUGGGGGAUACUUGUAAAAUCAGAGACGAUAGCUGGGUUUUUGCAUAACAGUGCUGCUGGAAAUCAGGAGUUGGUCUGGGGGAAUAUGUGGCAAGGAGGAAGGCUGAUGGGAGCGUGGGAAGGGAGAGCUGCUGUCCUGCACUGGAUGCGUCCCGAGACGUCAGGUCUGCCAUGAUAGUGCAGUGGGUAAGCCGUGCGAGGUGGCGCAAUUCUCCAGCCCCAGCCUGGUACUUCAGCAUUGAAGAGAUGUGUUACUAGUCCCUGUUUCUGGAGGGAUCAUUCUGAAUUGAGCCAUCUUACAGAGACUGAAAGGUCUUGGCCCUUUUUACCAUUGAAAACUGUUGUGUUAACUCAUGAAACGUAUAAUUAUUACACGUCACCUUUCUACAUUCCAGAAGAGCUUUAUUUCUCUCUCUCCUGAGCCGUAACAAAGCCUCUUUAAAAUUGGUGUGCCCUUUUGAAGCAGUUGUUUCUCAUAUUGAGAUGUAGUGAGUUACCGAGGUUUGAUCACAAGAAGGGAGGUUUUUCUUGUGCCAUUAAACGUGUAAGUUUGUACAUCAUGAAAUGCUUGGGGCAGUACAGAUCCACUGCGACAAAAACAGAUUGAACAGGUAAUAACUUGCAAGAACCAUGUGAGACUUCUUUCAACCC